AUGAGGCACUCAGGGAGUCUGCUCGCCUUUCUGGGCAUUGCAACGUGCUCAACCACUUGGGCUGCUGCCAAUGAUGCAUCGAGACCUAGGGGCGUUUCUCCUGAAUUUGCAAAGUUCUAUAAGGACACCGCCGCCUUCACUUGCAUCUCACACCCAGCUAUCAAGAUCCCCUUCUCAGCUGUGAACGAUGACUACUGCGAUUGCCCCGAUGGAAGUGAUGAGCCAGGCACUUCUGCUUGUGCGCACUUGUCUAAACACUCGCCGUCGACGCCAUCAGACCACCCCUGGGAUACUGAUCUCGACUUAACCCCCGCCCUGCCUGGGUUCUACUGCAAGAAUAAGGGCCACAAGCCCUCUUAUGUUCCUUUCCAACGAGUUAACGACGGUGUUUGCGAUUACGAGGCAUGCUGUGAUGGUAGUGAUGAAUGGGCUCACGUUGGAGGUACAAAGUGUGAGGACAAGUGCAAGGAGAUUGGCAAGGAAUGGCGCAAACAGGAAGAGAAGAGGCAGAAGUCUCUUACUUCUGCGAUGAGGAAGAAGAAGGAGCUCAUUGCUGAAGCUGCCAGGAUGAGGAAGGAGAUUGAGGAUCACAUCACCGACCUUGAGACUGAAGUCAAGGCCCAAGAGCUCAAAAUCCAGAGUCUGGAUGCCGAACUGCAGCGGGUGGAGAAAGCGGAGCGUGGCAAGGUCGUCAAGGGCAAAAAGAAAGGAAAGGUCAAUGUGCUGGCUGGGCUGGCCAAGAGUCGUGUGGAGGAACUGAGGAACGCCCUGGUGGAGGUUAAGGGUCAGAGAGAUGAGUACCACUCGCGGGUGAAGGAGCUCGAGGAGAUCCUCUCGAAGUUCAAGGUCGAAUACAAUCCGAACUUCAAUGAUGAAGGUGUCAAGCGAGCCGUGCGCAGUUGGGAGGAGUAUGCUGCAAAAGGAACCGCAGCGGAUGGCAUAUCUGGUCAGGCUGCCAAAGAUCGAGAUCUGGAUGAGAUUUCGAAGCCUGAUAGCGACUCUUCUGGUAUCAACUGGGAGCAAUGGGAGAACGAGGAGGAGGGCGAGACUGAGAUUGACCUUAUCUACAAGCUGGCGGCAUAUCUCCCCCCAUCGCUGGUUAACUAUCUAGAGGAUAAACUGUCCUCCUUCAAAAGCUUCCUUGUCAGCAACGGCGUUCUCACGGAGGCUGAUGUUACUCCUGCUUCUGAAUCGAAAGCCGUAACCGAAGCUCGUGAUGCCUUGAACUCCGCCAAGUCAUCUCUCACCACCGACCAGAACAGGUUAAGGGAUCACAAGCUUGAUCUUGAGAAAGAUUAUGGGCCUGAAGAUGUCUUCCGCCCUCUGAAGGGCCGUUGUAUCACUAGGGAUGCUGGUGAAUACACGUACGAACACUGCUUCCUCGAGAGCACCAAACAGAUCCCGAAGAAGGGUGGCGCACGGUCUGGCAUGGGUAACUUUGUCCGCUUCGGAACCGUCACCCUUGACGAGUUCAACAGCUACGGUGAGCUUGUCCCCGUCGAGAGGACGACAUUGGAAUAUGCGAACGGCCAGUCCUGCUGGAAUGGCCCCAACCGAUCUACCACUGUUGUCCUUGAAUGCGGUGAGGAGGAGGAAAUCCUCAAGGUAGCGGAAGACGAAAAGUGCGUCUACUCCAUGAUUGUCACGACCCCAGUUGCCUGCAAUGGACCUGGCGACAGCAAUUCCAAGAAAGAAAAGGAUGAGUUGUGA